UCCCUCGAACUUGCACCCCCUUGUUGCCAAACAUAGUGUGAAUGUGAACUCUGUUUCACGAAGCAUUCGCUCCUUUUCCCGAUAAACCCAACCGCCCAAUUCACGACAGAAUCAAUGCGAUUCGACGUAUGAAAUUGCCUCUUCUUCUCUGCUUUUUGUCGAGCUCAUUCUUUCUCUGCCCUUGUCCCUCUCCAUCAUCUCCAGUCAUCCAACUCAAUCUCAGCUGUAUUCCUUGAAAGAUUGCCCCUGCUCGUCCGGAUUCACGGCGGAAAAGAAGCAAGCAAGCAAGACUAGAAAUAUGCUUGAAGGUUUUGUAAAAGAUGGAUCUUUUAAAUGGUUACUUGGGAAGCGGACUUACUUUGAUGAAGACUUUGAGGAAAUGGGAAGGUCACCUUAUGCUAAUAGUAACAGGAUUGCAGAGCUAUCUCCACUUGCUAAUGUGGUCGUUCGUAGAUGUUCCAAAAUUCUUGAAACUUCACCAACCGGCCUCCAAGAAAGUUUCAAUGCAGAAGCUUCUGAUUCCAUAAAACACCCAUCUCGCUAUGCCAGGAACUUCUUGGAAUACUGUUGCUUCAGGACACUGGCUGUGUCCAUCCAGGUAGUAGGUCACCUGGGUGAUAAGAAGUUCCGGCGAUUGGCAUAUGAUAUGAUGUUAGCUUGGGAGGCUCCAGCUGCUUCCAGUCAACCCCUGCCUAAUGCAGAUGAAGACCCUACAGUUGGGCUUGACGCCUUCUCGCGGAUAGCUCCAGCAGUUCCGCUCAUCGCUAAUGUUGUUAUAAGUGAAAAUCUCUUUCAAGUGCUGACUGUGUCAACUGAUGACCGACUUCAGUUUUCUAUCUUUGACAAGUACCUAAGUGGAUUGGAAAGAGCAGUAAAGAGAAUGAAAUCCCAAUCGGAUUCAUCACUUCUUGCUGACGUGCGAUCUGCAAAAAGAGAGAGGAUUCUAGAAGUAGAUGGAACAGUAACCACCCAACCAGUUCUUGAACAUGUUGGCGUAUCUACUUGGCCUGGUCGUUUAACUCUUACAGAUCAUGCUUUGUACUUUGAAGCUCUUCGCGUUGUAUCCUAUGACACACCGAAAGUAUAUGACCUUUCAGAAGACUUGAAGCAAGUUGUUAAACCUGAAUUAACUGGACCAUGGGGGACUCGACUCUUUGACAAAGCAGUUUUCUACAGUUCUAAUUCAUUAUCAGAACCUGCUAUUAUAGAGUUCCCUGAGCUUAAAGGACAUACUCGCCGUGACUAUUGGCUUGCAAUUAUCCGUGAAAUUUUACUGGUCCACAAAUUCAUAAAAAAGUUUCAGAUCUUAGGAGUUACAAGGGAUGAGGCUCUUUCAAAGGCUGUGCUUGGAAUCUUGCGAUUACAAGCCAUUCAAGAACUUAGUUCUGUAGAUUUGGUCUGCCAUGACGAUAUUCUCAUGUUUAAUCUGUGUGAACAACUCCCCGGAGGGGAUUUAAUACUAAGAACUCUAGCAAAUAUGUCCUUGGUAGAGCUAUCUAACCAACAUAAGCAUGGAGGUAGAAUGUACUCAGCCUCAUCGUUGGCAAUGGUUUCUGGUUUGGGAUUUGUUUUUGGUACCACUUCAAGUGAUCCUAAUGUGACGGCACUUGUUGUUGGUGAGGUAGCUGUUGGUGAGAUGGGCUGUUUGGAAAAGUCAGUCAGGGAAUCAAAGGACAGCUAUAAAAAAGUGGUUGUAGCUCAAGCAACAGUGGAUGGGGUUAAAGUUGACGGCCUUGACACUAAUCUGGCCGUCAUGAAGGACAUUCUGCUCCCAGUUUUGGAAGUUGGGAAAUGGCUUCUUUCCUUGUUGUAUUGGGAUGCCCCAAAGAAGUCCUUCUUGUUCUGCUUGUUUUUUUCUUAUGUCAUCUGGAGGUAAGUUUUCAUUCUUUUGACAUAAUUGUUGACUCCUAGAAUCGGGAUAUCUGCUGUUGGCAAAGUCAAUGCUUUUCACCAUCGUUAUAAUAGACUUCUCAGAUGGUUGGGUGGUUCACUCUCUAGAUCAUUGGAUAUGCCAAGACAGUACUGAGAUAUGUUGAAGGGUAAUAAAAGUGUGAUAUGGCUUAGGGUAUUCCGAGUUAGGCAGACAGAAGUCUUUUUGUGUUUGGGUCACAUGUUCCAGUAAGCUGUGCAUUAGCCCAAUCUCCUUUUAAGAAUGAUGCGAAAUGUACAUUCAGCCACAGUAUAUGGCAAAACAAUUCAGAAUCAGAACUGAGGUGAGGUGAGCAGAAAGUUGCUUUCAUGUUUAGUUCUUUGAGGAGCAGAUCUGCAAGAUGUCGCCUGUUCACAAGUGAGCUGGUAGCAGUUUCUGUUAACUGGCAACCGAGUGCUGCUAGAGAUUUCAUAAUUUCUUCUGUUGGUGGUAACUGGUAACUUAUAGAGUCUGGUUGAGUCAUUUGCUUCUCAGUCAUCAAGUUAAGUUGUCAAAACUGUCUGCUUGAUGGCCGCCUCAACUCCCCUGUAUUUUCUCCUGGGUUCCUAAAAGUUUCUCGCUUUACUUAGCUUUGUUAUAGUGUUUCCUGGGACAGAUCCAAACCUAUUGCAGAAAUAUACUAAACGUACAUCUUUUAGUGGUUGUACUCUGAAAAGAUUAUCAUUUUUGUCUUAAAAUGGCGAUGCCUUGGUGUCUGUCUCAGUAUACGUGCAUCGGUUUCAAAAAUUUGAGCUCCUCAAUGAUUAUGUUGUCAAGAAAAUAUCAAGCUAGUUAGGGAUGUAAUAGAAUGGAGAAAGAGCUGUUCCACUAACACAGUUGUUGUGCUUCAGGGACUGGUUGGGCUAUGCUUCCGGACUGAUGUUCGCUUCCCUGGCCGUGUUUAUGUUGCUUACUCGGUUUUUGAACCGAGGGCAGUCGGUCAAUGAACUGAAGGUAAUAGCACCACCACCAAUGAACACAAUGGAACAGCUUCUCGCUGUCCAGAAUGCGAUUUCCCAGGUGGAGCAGCUGAUCCAGGAUGGCAACAUUGGCCUACUAAAAGUCCGAGCUCUACUGCUUUCCGUCUUUCCUCAGGCGAGCGAUAAGUUUGCAGCAGCGCUGUUGGGGAUGGGGUUAGUGCUGGCCAUCUUGCCAUUGAAGUUGGUACUUCUGUUGGGUUUCCUGGAGGUGUCCACAAGGCACUCGCCGUCAAGAAAAGAAAGCUCGGAGAGGUGUGCGAGGAGAAUGAGGGAAUGGUGGUUCAGCAUACCGGCCGCGCCCGUCGUACUUGACAGAGACAAGGAUGACAAGAAAAAGAAGUAGGCGUGACGUGAUAUGAGCUAAAACCUUGAUUACUUCUGUCAGUGUA